AUGGUUUCAAAGCUUGCUGCCGACUGCCUCUUCUGCAAGAUCAUCAAGGGUGAGAUCCGUCUCUUCUCGUUCCUCGACAUCGGACCGGCUCUCCGAGGGCAUGCCCUGGUCAUCCCCAAGUACCAUGCUGAAAAGAUGCACGAGCUGCCCGACGAGUUCUUGGCCGACGCUAUGCCUGUCGCCAAGAAGAUUGCUACGGCCCUGGGUGCGGAGAACUACAACAUCCUGCAGAACAACGGCCGCCUGGCUCACCAGGAAGUCAUGCAUGUCCACUUCCACGUUAUUCCCAAGCCCAAUGCCGAAGAGGGCCUGGGUGUCGGCUGGCCUACCAAGCCGGCCAACAUGGACAACAUCAAGGCUCUGGGCGAGAAGCUGAAGGAGAAGCUCUAA